AUGGCGGUCAUCUGCGAGCCGAAAUUCAACAUUGGCGCUUCGUCGAUCUUCGAUGCUGACUUCGAAGCUUGCUCGGACGAGGAGUUGCUAGAGCGCGUGACGCAGCUCCAGGCGGAGGUUCGCCAGCGCGCGCUGCGCGAGCGGCGGAGCGGCCGCUUGGAGACGCGGAAGGGUGUCCAGUGUGCUCAGUGCGGAUCUGCAGGUGAGCCCACAUCACUGGAGCUCGAUGAUGACUUCAGCGCGCUAGACGCACUGGCGCUGACACCUUGGACGAGGACUUUGAGCGCACUGCGGACGCCACAUUGCCGGAGUUGCGGCACGUUCCGACAUCAUCUGCCGCGGGGCCCGAACUCCUGGUUCCACAGCGAGCACACCGAGACGAUCUCCCCCUGCGUUUGCUGUCGGCAGCCGGUGGCCUUCGAUGCGACGCUGUGUCACCUGGUUCUGGGGCUUUGGGAAUAG